AAAAGGGGUAAAAUUGUGGAGUGAGUUUUGUUGUUGUUGAGAAUGUUAGUGUUAAUGGAGGAUGUUACUGUUUCCCUUAUUUACUGCCUCCGUAACCCCACAGUGACCAUUAUAAUAUAGCUGAGGGAUGCCUUAAACCCCAGAGUAACCAUUGAGCCACCCCGGAGAUGCCUGUGACCCCAGAGUGAGAAAUAAGAGAGAGAAAUGCCUGUGGUACUGGACCGUCUACCCCUACCCAACCUGACCUGGUAUUCCGGGUUUAGCGUUUUAUUACUCUCCUGUUCGGUUUAUUACGCCGGUGUACAGGUCACGUUAAACCCCCACUGGAAGCAGAAGCUCCUAGAGAAGAACAAUGCCACUGGAGAUGAGGAAGAAGAGGUGUCAGUGUAUCAUGUCAGUGACCAGGACGGGUCAUCUCAGGAGCGUCAGAUGACCCCAUACCUCAUACCAGAGGUCAUCAGUUUCAUGUUUCAUGAGCCUCUCUGUAUCUGGACACUCAUCAACAUGGCAUAUUGUGUACUCAUCCUUUUGGGCACCUUAAUUCAGCGCUUGGUUUUCGGAGAGUUGCGAGUGUCGGAACAACAGCACAUAAAAGACAAGUUUUGGAAUUUCGUCUUUUACAAAUUCAUCUUUGUGUUCGGAGUGAUGAACGUUCAAGCAAUGGAUGAGGUUGUGCUCUGGUGUUCGUGGUUCAGCGUCUUGGGAUUUCUACACCUCUUGGCUCAACUUUGCAAAGAUCGCUUUGAAUAUUUGUCAUUCUCUGCAACAACUCCAUGUAGAACGCACGUGAGACUGCUGGGUCUGCUGGGCAUUAUAUUCACUAUAGCUUCCUUUUGCCUGCUUAUAUGUGUUGUUGUUGGCUGUCACUCGGGCAUUAAUACAUGUGCAUUUAUGGGAGCCGAGUGCAUACUUUUGGUAGUGCGAACCUUGCACGUGAUCACCCGGUAUUGUAUCUACCUCUGGGAUAUCACACAUGAAGGUUUAUGGGAAGAACGAGGACGCUAUGUGUACAUAACUGAGCUGGUGUACGAGCUUAGUGAGCUGGUGAUCGACAUGGUUCAUCACAUUCACAUGCUAGUAUGGGGUAACAUGUUCCUGACCAUGGCAUCACUUGUCAUAUGUAUGCAGCUGAGGCUUCUCUUCUAUCAGCUGCAGCACAAAAUCAAGUCGCACCGCAACUACCUUAGGGUUCUUCAACUUGUGAAUAUGUACCCUGAAGUGUGUGGUACAGACAUCUUAGUAGAAGAGAGUACAUGUGCCAUCUGCUGGGAACACUUGGAGAGUGGUCGCUGCCUUCCGUGUUCACACGUCUUUCAUGCUUCAUGUUUGCUGGCUUGGCUACACCAAGAUUUGUCAUGCCCAACGUGUAGACACAAGUUACACAAUCCUGAACAGGAUGAUUCAAGGUCACUGUCUACUUCACUGCUGGAUGGUUUUCUUCCUACAAGCGAAGAAAGCGGGAUUGGACAGGAAAAUGGAGUGGGAGACGUUGGCCGAGGAGGUGCAGGUGGCUUUCCUUCCCCUGCUGCUCCUGAAGGGUCCCCAGGCACGGCAGGGUGGCGCUAUGUAUCCUGGCUUCCCAGUUUCAGUGUCGAACAGAGUCAUACACAGCUGCCACGGCAUCACCAGGCCAAUUCACAACCAGCUUCAACUUCUCAAUUGGAUAACCUUGCCAGACAGGUACAGCAAAUGUUUCCUGACGUGUCAUAUUCACAUGUCUUGGAGGAUCUUCGACACACUCAUUCCUUAGAAAUAACAAUUGAUAAUAUAUUGGAGCAACGCUUGGUCAGUCCACCACCAAUGUUUACUUCUGAUGAUAGUCCAAGCAUAUUUUAUGAUGUUAAACAAGAUAAAGAGAAUAAACAACAAAGGAUGAAAGAAGAGGAUGAUGUAAAGGAAGAAGAGUAUUUUCAGGAUGGUCAGGCAGUAGCACUCUCCAGGCAGCAUGUAGCAACAACACUGGACUUCUUAGCUACCACAAACACCUCAGAAGACUCCAGUGAUACCGAGUCGGAAGGGAGUGGUUAUGGAAUUGGCUCGUGCGGUGCUGGCUGUCGUUUCAGUAAGUCCCCACAAGAGAGAGAACAAAUUUUGGCCCAGCGAAAGACUGCCUUGCUCAACCAGGCUCGCAAUCGCUUUGUUACUAGAUCAAGAAUUGGCUCGUAUAAGGAAGACAGUUCAUUGGUUGAGGAUGCUGAAUGUUUGGGAAACUCCUGAGGUGAUGAAUUUUUAAAAAGUUGCCAUAAAUUGCUAUAUUGUUAUUGUCAGAGGAACUUGGUCUUUGACAAUGAAGAUUUAUCUGAUUAUUUUUUGUACAUUAUUGAAUUGAAAGUGAAAUUUAAUUCAUUAAUGUAUUGUACUAUUUUUAUGCUUAUUUUGGUUGUUAAGAAAAAGUUUAGUAGAGUAACACCAUACUGAAUACAAUACAGUAAUAUAAUUACUUGACCGAUGUGCUUGUUGUAAAGUAUAUAAACGUCAGUUACUGCUUAUAAAAUUUUAAACGCCAAAUAGGCAAUGUGAUACAAGAAGGUCAGUAGAUGGAUGAAGAGGUAUAUGGUACUAAUCACACACACACACAAUAUAUAUAUAUGUAAUACAGUAGGGCCAACAACUUACGACAGUGAAUUUCUGAAAAUCGUUUAUAACUACAGUACUAUAGUGUUCAGAACUCUGACCCUAGACACCCAUGUUAUUAUCAGAGAUGUGUCCCGUAGCUAUAAUAUUCAGUAUCUAAUAUCUUUUAUUUUUAACCAAGAAUAUUUAUCGACUAUUUGACAUUCAGUACAGCUCCAUUUCACUUAUAAAUAAUAUAUAUAUGUUAAACAGACCAGAGCUACAAUACAGAAGUGUAGGGGUUGGCAGCACGUGGACUGUUUCACGCACUCUCACUGUCCUAUUGACUCCCAUCCUCUGUCAUAUCUAACACAAUACUCUGUUCAGUAAAAGGAUACAAAUGCAACACUUUAUUGUGGUAACGUUUCUCUCUCCAGAGGUGAAACGGCUUGACAAAGCUCCUGGAGAGUGAAACAUUGCCACACUAAAAUGUCACAUUAGUGUCCUUUUACUAAACAUAUUGUCGGUAAUUCUACCAAUAUUAAUACUCUUUACAUGUGCUCUCUGCUUCUAACUCUUGUGGAUAAGUAUGUGAUAUAAGAGGACUGGGGUGACAGGUGUAGGAGUGGGCAACAGCUGGACUUUCCUUCUUCUCUUGUAUUAUGUCUAACACAAUACUCUUUAAAUCUGCUUAUGACUUCCUCAUUGUUAUAGUAAGGGUUAGUGUACCUGGGUAUAGCCUGAGGUCCUCUUCUUCACCCAUAGACAAGUCCAUUAGGUAGGCAGCAGCUGCCCCCCACUGCAUUUAUGAGCAUAAUAAACCCAGUUCACUUUGGCAUCGUGAUUACUUAAUUUUCAGUUCUUUACCAAAAAAAACUCUCCACAAGACAUUCAAAGAACAUAAACUAAUGCAUUUUAUAAAUAUUAUCCAAGGAACAAACAAGAAAGUUGUGAAUAUUAAAUAUGUAUUGAGGGAGUGUGCUAAACACUUAGGGGAUUAAAUCUGUAGUUCUUAGCCAGUUUCUGCCAAACAAAUGUGAGCUCUCUAUACAUGCACAAAUAUUAAUGCAUUUGGUACAAAAUAAAAUAUUUCUAAACAUUUGCAAUGAUUGUAACUGCAUUUAUAAGUGUUUAUUUGAUUCCAAAGUGUGAUAUGUUGUAAGUUGGGGCUCUACUCUAUAUCAGGGAUGGGGUAAUUUAUCAUGUGAUUGACCUUCAUAUUGGUCUAUUAUCGCACAAAUUAUAUAUACAUCAUCACUGCUUUUCCUUGAUAGGCUUUGCUCUAUUAGUUUUAUGUAGAUAAUUUUUUGAAUAAAAUGCACAUAAUGGUAAAGUGUUUAUUAACUUUGUUGAAUAUUAUUUUGCACUGAAUUUGGAAAGGUUGUCACUCUAGUCCUGUGAUUUAAUUAUUACAAUCCUAAGUGCUAAACCCUUGAGGGUCAUAAAGCACUACCACAUGAUUUAAUAUAUCUUAUUUUAAGAUGGAACUUGUAAUAAAGAUUUUUGAUUUGCCAGUAUUAAUGGAAAGAUAAAUAUAUUUGAAUAACUAGGAAAAAAAUAUAAUUCAUAUUUGUUAAAAAGGUAUUAAGAGAAUUGUUGAACUAAGGAGACUGUUGAAAGUUAGUCCAUUAUUAUUACCCAAAUAAAGAAAUUUUACAUA